AUGGAAGUUUUUGACUUCUUGCAAUGCUUACAUUUUGCUGUCAACGACAGCAACUAUUAUUCUUCUGUGAUUUUGAAACCAAAACAAGUGUUGUGUCUAGAAGCCGUGUAUCUUGGGAAAGAUCUUUUAGCGAUUUUACCUACUGGAUACGGAAAAUCAAUAAUAUUCCAUCUGCUUCCCUCGUUGUUGUCGGAAAAGAACAGGAGAUCAAGUUCUCUACCACAACAAGUCCUAUCUCCCGUGGUAGUUGUCAUUUCUCCUUUGAAUUCCCUCAUGAACGAUCAACUACGAAGGAUAAAUACCAGACGAGAUAGAGCUGCUGUUUUGAGUUCGCGUAAGCUUACGGAUCAAGCUGGGGAACACACUGUGCUCGAUAAAACAAAUAUCGACGAUUCACGUCUAAAAAAUGCCAGUUAUGAAUUUAUAUUUGCCCAUCCAGAAGCGUGUUUGUCCACAAAACAAGGAGUUGCCCUUUUUCAGAGUGAUGUUUACAAACGUGCUGUGUUGGCUGUGGUUAUAGACGAAGCUCAUUGUAUUUUAGAAUGGUAUGUAUUUAGUUCUACAUUUUAAUAUAUUAUAAAUUUUGUAAGAUAUAAAUUCACGGCAACCUGCAGGUAAGGUCAGACAAAGAUUUGUGACUGAGUAUCUUAUAUGUCUGAUAGACUGAUAGUAUAAAUUUAUUUACUCCAAAUAUCUUUAUAUCUAAAUUUACAUGUUUGCUGGUUUGCAUGACAGCUAGGUGCCUCUAAAACAUGUAUGUUAUCGCGAAGUAUUUUUGUCUGUAUAGCGUAGUUUAUACAGUAUAGCUACAAACUGUUUGAAGAACUUAAAAUUUAUGUCAAAUGUUAUAUUUCUUUUAUUCAAGGGGCAGUGAAUUCAGAACUGAUUAUUCACAGCUGGGGAUGUUGUCUGCCUUUUUCCCAAAUGCUUCCCUCAUUGCUCUGACUGCUACUGCAAACAAGUUUGACAGAACCAAAAUUAAGGAAUCUCUCAACAUGAAGAACCCAUUUGAAGUAAUUGGUGAUGCAGACAGACCGAACAUAUUUUACAGUAAAGUGUUUAGACAAGGUGAGGAAAUAACUUCAUACGAAAGUAUACUGAUGCCAAUUGCCGAAAAGUUGCUGAAAUUGAAUCUGACCUACCCAAUAACUAUUUUAUAUUUACCACUGAAGUGGUGCGGCUUUGCAUACAAGCUUUUUGACAGUAUUCUUGGCAAGGAACAAUAUUUCCCACCUGAUGCUGAUCACAUUCCUGAGAACAGGUUGUUUGCCCAGUACCACGCCCCUCAAACAUUAGCAAUGAAGGAAAUGAUUUUAUGUCAACUGACUUCUAGUUCUUCAACUGUUCGAGUUGUAUUUGCCACCGUGGCUAUUGGUAUGGGAGUUGACAUUCCUUCCAUUAGGGAAAUUAUUCAUGUGGGGCCACCCUCAUCUGUUCAGCAGUAUUUUCAGGAGACAGGUAGAGCUGGCAGAGAUGGACUAGCAUCCAAAGCAGUACUUUACUAUAAUAACAGGGAUAUUUCUAAAAACAGACAUGUGGGAGAAGAUAUGAGGAGUUAUUGUAGAAUUGAAGAUCAGUGUCUGCGUUCAUUUUUGCUUAAGUAUUUACAAUGUGGCGAACCAAGUCAUGAAUAUUUAGGGCAUCGCUGUUGUUCCUUUUGUUCAAUGCAAUGUCUGUGUCCUGAUUGUGAUCAGCACUAA